AUGGCCGAAGUCAAGAAACUCGGGGGCAGCUUAGUGGAGAUCUCGGCCGUGUCGACUAUUAUCGGGGCCCCCAUCGCCGAAGCCCUCAUCCAUGGCCUCAAGGCGGCGUGCGGAGUUGUUUGGGCACCCAUGAGCUGCUUCGGUGUCGUCCACGUUGUCAAGGCCUGCCUGGCGGCGUCAGCGCCGGAUUUCCUGCGUGAGUCGAUGGGCCUGCGCAACCAGUUUGUCGAUGAUGCUAUCGGUGUCGUCCUGCCUGUAAAUCGGUUCAAACAGGCACGCAGUCGCAUGGAUCUGGGCGAUGCUUGUGCCAUCGAAGUCUUGCCGCAACGACGAUGGGUCGGUCGUUGGAUACUUGAUUCGACUCCCAAACCGUUUUGGAGGACGACAGAUCGCCCACGCACCGAAAAGAAGGCGGGCGAAAUCGCACAGAUCAAGGCCGCCGACUAUGACGGCAGACACUCCCAUUACCGCUCCCACUGCCUGUAUACGCUGGACAAGAACGCACGGCUGGCCCUCGACACAGUCCCUAACAGUGAGAAAGGCGCCCCCAUCGCUAUCCACCGCUUCAUCCUGGAUGUGGGUGGUGUCCCUGCCGCCUGGCGCGACUGGCUAUGCCUGCUGCUCUCGCUCGCCAAACUGAUCGAGGUGUUCGUCCUGCGCGCUAUCGGGAGCCGUCGCGUCUGGGUUUGGACGAUGGUAGGUUGGGCGCACGCCUUCGCAGCUGCCGUGCUCCUGCAGACCACCGGACUCGGCCGUGACGAUGCCACCAAACGCACCCGACACCUCGUCGCGGGGACCCCGCUGCCCUCGGCGCUCCAGGUCGGCGAACACGGCAAAAUCGUCCUCGGCAUCCCGGCCAACAUCCGCCGCCACGUCCUCUGGCGCACGGUCCUCGGCGCCGCAGGCGUUGGCGUCAACCUCGUCGGUCUCCUGGGCACUUUCACCUCGCUGGACGGCGAGCCCGACCGCGCGCUCUACGUCUGGAUCGCCUUCCAGGUCUUCUGGCUCAUCCUGCGCAGUGUGGUCUACUACUUCGCCCCGGGCGGCACCGCCGUCCAGCAGGGCUUGAUGACCUCGCGGACCUGGGAGACUGCCUCGCCGGACGACAGAGAGCAGGUUCUCCUGCUGUUGGAUGAGCUAGCCGCCCACCAGGCGUCGACGCAUCCGCGGGGGUACUUUGCGUACCUACGGGACUGCAUGUCGUUCGCAGACCUCCGCACCCGCCUGCAGGAUGUGGGCUCGCUCACGCGGUUCUUGCCCCUCGAUGCGCUUUGCGCCGCGGGCGGACAGUCCUCGAUGACGAUCGUCGCAGUCACGGGCGACCCGAUGAUCCGCACUGCGGCAUGGAUGCAGGGAUGUAAUCUGGACAAUUCGGAGCUGUACGACUCGUGUAUUGCGUUUGUGCAGAUUCAGAUUCAAGCCUUGGAGAAAGGCGCAGACGUGACCACUAUCACUGAGGAAAGGGUAAUCGCUAUUCCGUGCGUACGCGUGUACUCGUGCGACUGCAUGGCCGGGGAUAGCUUCGACCGGGGAAACAGCCAUCCUGUGUGCGGGAAGAUCCAGUGGUGGUACUUUUUCCCCGUGUCGCCGUCGACACCUGGCUCGUCGUCGGUGACUCUUCCGGACUCGCCGGUACUGCUGUCGACUACUGUCUCCACGGGCAGAGAUACAAGCCCGGGGACGGAUGACACCCUUACCGUGUCGGAGUCGGAUAGCAGUCCUGGCGCGAUGCUGACACCUCACGCCGCGCGAUGGGUCAUUGCGCAUAGCACAAAGGCAACGGGUGGGCUGGAUGCGGAGGUCGUCAGUGAGAUCGAGCUGGAGCGGAGGUUGUCGUUUGGGUGGUGGAAGAUUAGUAUCAGUGGGAUGGCGGAGAUGCGGAAGACGUGGGAUGUUGCGACUGUCGCGGCGGAUGCUGUUGUGCGGAUGCUGCGGUAG